GGGCCGGUGCUCGUUGGUCUGUCCUUUCUCAGCGAGGUGGCCUCCUGCCUGGCCCGGCGCCAUGCACACGCUUGUGUUCUUGAGCACGCGGCAGGUGCUCCAGUGUCAGCCCGCAGCCUGCCAGGCUCUGCCCCUGCUCCCACGCGAGCUCUUCCCCCUGCUGUUCAAGGUGGCCUUCAUGGACAAGAAGACUGUUGUGCUGCGCGAACUGGUGCACACGUGGCCCUUCCCUCUGCUCAGUUUCCAGCAGCUGCUGCAGGAGUGCGCCCAUUGCAGCCGGGCCCUGCUGCAGGAACGGCCCAGCACAGAGAGCAUGCAGGCUGUGAUCCUGGGGCUCACAGCCCGGCUCCAUACCCCAGAGGCUGAGGCUGGCACACAGUCCUUUUGCAGGAAGCAUGCACUGCGGGUGCUGGACAUGACGGGCCUCCUGGACGACGGUGUGGAGCAGGACCCCGGCACCAUGAGCAUGUGGGACUGCACGGCAGCUGUGGCCCGCACGUGCAUCGCACAGCAGCAAGGUGGGACUGUGGGGCCUGGGCUGAACCCUGUCCCCGUGGAGGUGCGUGUGGACCUUCGGGUGAACCGGGCCUCGUACGCGUUCCUGCGGGAGGCCCUCCGUAGCAGCGCAGGCAGCCCGCUGCGGCUCUGCUGCCGGGACCUGCGGGCUGAGGACCUGCCCAUGCGAAACACGGUGGCUCUGCUGCAGCUUCUGGAUGCAGGCUGCCUGCGCCGUGUGGACCUGCGCUUCAACAACUUGGGCCUGCGUGGCCUGUCUGUCAUCAUCCCACACGUGGCCCGCUUCCAGCAUCUGGCCAGCCUUCGGCUGCACUAUGUCCACGGGGACUCACGGCAGCCCUCCGUGGAUGGCGAGGACAACUUCCGAUACUUCCUGGCCCAGAUGGGCCGCUUCACCUGUCUGCGGGAGCUCAGCAUGGGCUCCUCUCUUCUCUCAGGGCGGCUGGACCAGCUGCUCAGCGCUCUGCAGAGCCCCCUGGAGAGCCUGGAGCUGGCCUUCUGUGCUCUGCUGCCCGAGGAUCUGCGCUUCCUGGCACGCAGCCCCCAUGCUGUCCACCUCAAGAAGUUGGACCUGAGUGGCAACGACCUGUCUGGCAGCCAGCUGGAGCCUUUCCAGGGUCUGUUGCAGGCGGCAGCGGCCACACUGCUGCACCUCGAGCUGACUGAAUGCCAGCUUGCUGAUACCCAGCUGCUGGCUACACUCCCUGUGUUGACCCGCUGUGCCAGCCUCCGCUACCUCGGCCUCUAUGGCAACCCGCUGUCCAUGGCAGGUCUCAAGGAGCUCCUGCGGGACUCGGUGGCACAGGCCGAGCUGCGCACCGUGGUGCAUCCCUUCCCUGUGGACUGCUAUGAGGGCCUGCCCUGGCCGCCACCUGCCUCUGUUCUGCUGGAGGCCUCCAUCAAUGAGGAGAAAUUUGCUCGUGUGGAGGCCGAGUUGCACCAGCUGCUGCUAGCUUCGGGCCGUGCCCAUGUGGUCUGGACCACGGACAUCUAUGGUCGCCUGGCUGCAGACUACUUCAGUUUGUGAUCUCUGGGCUUCUGGGUGACAGACAGGCUGUCCCAGAGUCCAGGGCUGCUGGAGGCCCCUCCCUCUCCUGGGUAGGCACAGCCUUGGCUGGGACCCUGCUAGAGGCCUGGCACAAAGGCACUGGUGUCUGAUUUUUGUGCCCCUUGGGUGCACCUUGAACCUCCCUGCGCAUUCUGCAGCACCCUGCGAAGUUCUGCCCUGCACUUGCUCCCCUGACUGUUCACCCGUCUGUGGGCCUGAGGUCUGGAUUCCAGCCCUGCCCAGCCCUGCUUGGUUAGUCUGCACUUGGCUACCCUCUGGGUCCUGGUCCUCUUGAGAAUGCCCUGAGCUGAGAGAGGGUGUUCCCUCGGGGCCCUCCUCCAGGGCAGACUGCCCUGUGUUGAAGUUGGGACUGGCCUGCACUCGG